AUGGCGCCAACAACACCGCAAAGUCAAGCUUCCAUGUUGGCAACAAUAACGACAGAUCUGGACAAGAUUGCCCCGAGAUUUGAGAUAGAGCCAGAUCAAUUACAUAUUCUUGAGACUCCUGCUGAGUUCUAUGAGACUCUGAAGUCCAAAAUCUCCAAAGCUCAAUCCCGGAUAUACUUGUCAACACUAUACAUCGGCAAAACCGAACAUGAACUAAUUUCUACUAUUCGCACUGCGCUGCAAAACAAUCCUAAAUUGCAUGUUUCCUUCCUCACAGAUGCCCUUCGUGGUACCAGAGAGACUCCUGAGCCAACCAGCGCUUCCCUCCUGACCCCACUCAUCUCUGAAUUCGGCCGCGAAAGAGUCGAAAUACGCAUGUAUCACACACCCAAUCUCACUGGCCUCCGCAAAAAAUACAUCCCCAAACGCAUCAACGAGGGCUGGGGUCUGCAACACAUGAAGCUCUACGGAAUCGACGACGAGAUCAUCAUGUCCGGUGCAAACUUGAGCUCGGACUACUUCACCAACCGCCAGGAUCGAUACCAUCUCUUCCGCUCAAAGGACCUCACAGACUACUUCGCCAAGAUCCACGACGGUGUUGCAAAAUUGAGCUUUGACGUACAGCCGUCUGAUGAAGCAGGAGGCGGCGGAUACAGCAUGACAUGGCCGUCGUCGAACCCCGCGCCCUCGCCUCUAGAAUCCGCAUCUGGCUUCAAGAAAGCAGCAACCCAACAUCUCAGCCACCUCCUCACUCCCGCAAACUCCCCACCACCCCGCACACCAAAAUCAUCAUCAUCCACAACAUCAACAACAACAAUCUACCCCAUCCUCUCCCUAGUCCCCCUCCUCCAAACCUCCACCGAACUCCCCGCCCUAACCCACAUCCUCACCUCCCUCGCCUCCCCACCCCUCCACCCAUCCUCCUGGACCUUCACAGCCGGCUACUUCAACAUGACGCCUUCCUUCCGCCGCCUCCUGCUCUCCACCCGUCCAUCCAGCGGCACAGUCCUGACCGCCCACCCACACGCAAACGGCUUCUACGGCUCCAAAGGCGUAAGCGGCAUGCUACCUGACGCAUACACCCAUCUCUCCAAGAUGUUCUUGCGCAAGGUGCGGCACGAGGGAUUAGCUGGGUGUAUACAGCUCAAGGAAUGGAAGAGGGGCAUGGUGGGCAAGGAGGGUGGUUGGACUUAUCAUGCAAAGGGAUUGUGGGUUACUUUUCCCUCUUCCAAUCCCCCUCCUCCUUCUCCCUCUCCACCCCCUUCUUGCGCCCCUCCUCCCAACCCCAAACCCCACCCCAGCCUCACAAUCAUCGGCUCCUCAAAUUACACAAAACGCAGCUACGCACUCGAUCUCGAAGCCAACCUCGUCAUCGCCACUUCAGACCCCGGCCUGCGCAGCCGCCUCGCCGACGAAGUUGCCUGGCUCGCGGCGUAUGCGUCUCCUGUGGAUGAAGCCGAGUUUGAGAAAGAGGAGCGUAGGGUGGGGGUUGGUGUGAGGUUGAGUAUGUGGGUUGUUAGGGUGUUGGGUGGGGCGCUUUAG